GAACAACAACAACAACAAAAUUAUUUACUUCCGGUUAUAAACAAGAAUAAUAUUUAUGCAAUUAUGGCUUCAGAUCAGCAUUUACAUCUGCUUGAUUUACCAGAAGAGAUCAUUGAAACCAUUGUUUCCUAUUUAACUUACCAUGAAUGCAGUGAAACUAGAAUCGUAUGUAAACUGUUUAACAAACUAUGUCAACAAAGGUUGAACAAAGGGUUUGCAAAAAUUGAUAAAUUACAUGCCCAGAUACAAAAGGAAGUGAAGAACAAGUUGCCACGACGUGAAUCUGAGCGACGGAACCACCAGCUUGCUAGGCAUGUAGAUAUUUUAUCAGCCAUUGAAACUCGUCUCUCUUUGCUUGGGAUGUCAUAUAUGAAGUACAUGGACUCUGGAUUAUCUUGUUUUAUUCCUGGCAAAGUAUUAGAUGAACUUCAAGCCAUCUUGCACAAACUUCAGUCCAGUGACCAGCCACCCAGGUCACAUGAGUUUCUGCAAGAGCUACGUGAUAUUUCAUCUAUGGCAAUGGAACAUUUUGAUGAGAAAAUUGUACCUGGAUUGAAGAACAAACUUCCUGCAGUCACACUGCCUUAUCCUUUCUCCGAAGCAUGUUCAUCAUCAUCCACAUUGUUCCCAUUUCAAUCAUCUCCUGUACGGGGACCCAGCAUGAGGUCAGAAAUCACUAAUCUUGGUACCCAGCUUCGAGCACAGAGUACCACAAUGCAACAGGUGAGGAAGGAUGUGUCUGAAGUUAAAAUAGGCUAUACAAAUAAUAAAAAGAGAUUGACUGAUCAGGAGAAGAAAAUUAUACAACAAGGGCAGGUAAUAAGUGAACUGGAGAAAAAAGUUAGUGAUAUGAAUCAGAAAUUCAUAGACUUGUCUGCUGAGCUCCAGAAACUGAAGGAGGUUAAAGAAGGAGGAGAGAGUAGUAAGGCUAUUGCACAUCUCCAUGAAGAAGAGUAUACAGCCAGGAAAGGUAACUCUAGCAGUGAAAAUAAAGAAAGAGUAACACGAAACAAGGGGUUAAAACGUAAAAAUGGUGGGCACGUUGAAUCAAGGGUGAAAAAAUCCAAAAAUUAAACGGAAAUUGAGAAUGCAAGAGUAUAAUUCAUUGCCAUGAGAAUGAUCUGAAAAGUGUGAAGCACGGAAAUUUCUAAAGCAGUUUUAUUUUGUCCAGAUAGCAAUAUUUUAUUUUGUUUGCAAAUACAGAUAGUUGUUUUAGCAAUCAUGUAUGUUUGAUUAUUAUUAGACAUGUAAAUAGGGAUUUUUUUAUUUGCCUUUGUGCAAAACAGUCAUCUGUUAAACUAUGUUGUGGUAGUGUUCUAAGAAAAAGAUUUAAAAGAACAUAAAAUUAUUUAAAAGACUCAAUUUAAUUUGUAAGAGGUUAUAUCUCACUUCUCAUAACUGAUAUGAGUGAUAUUGUUUAUAUUUCACUGAUUGAAUCCAGAAUUUUAUUGACUAUGAUAGAUUAGAAGUAGUAUAGAUCUAUUCACAUGAUGCAUGUAGAAUGUUGAUAAGUAGAAAUGAACUGAUUUCAUUUUAUGUACUGUGACAGUUUUGUUAUUAUUAUAACUGUGAUAUUUCCAUGUUAUGUUCAAAACCCUUUAUGUUAUCAGUUUUGUUUUUGUGGUAGUACUUUUUAUAAUAUUGUUUUUUUCUUAUCAUUUUAAGAUUUCAUAUGCAGUGGCAUUAAUUUUAACUUUUCUUUGUUUUUUGGUCAGAAAAUGGGUGUUUAUAAUUUUAUAUCAGUUUAUAUACAUGGCGACAGAAAUGACAUUUAUGAAAGUAAUAAGUCUUUUUGGUCACUAUGUCAUAUGCCUUAUAAAUACAUGUAAUAAACAACUCUGAAAUUGCUAUGGAAAUAUAGAUGUUGCCUAUUGUGCAAAAACUUGAAUAGAGCCCAAUACUCAGAUGGCACAGUAACAGUUAUAAUGAGAAAGGGCAUUUUUCUGAAAGAUACAGUUUUGGAGUUAAGCCACCAUUUUAACUAAGAAUAUUUGUAAAAAUGGUUAUGAUAGAAAAUUUUGACAAGUAGAUUAAGUACCAAAGAUAUUGUAUUCAUUCUUAGCAUACUUGCUAAUGGGAACAAGACACAUCUGUUGGACAAGGGACAUAACUAAAUGAUCAGAGUUAUACCUUUUUUUUGAAGGGUAAACUAUCAAACUUCCGCCACUCACAAUCACAAAGUUAUUCAUUUUAUUGUGAAGUGAAGCACAUUUACAGACAAGCAUUAACAUUGCUUAAAGCAGUUGUUUUUUGUCCGCUUUUUUGUUAAAAAUAGGAUCUGCAUGUGUUAGUUAGUUAUUUUGUACACUUGUGAAUCUUUUGAAUGCUAGGUGUGUUUGUAACCAACCUGUAUUACUCAUCUAUAGAGCUAGUCCAGCCUAUAUAGGUGUACAGUCUGUCCUGACUAUAUAACGGUACUGUUGGUUGUAUGGAAUUAGUACUUUAAAAAAUAUAAAUAUAAGGUAUUAAUGAGACAAUGAGAUAUUCUCUUACUUUACUUUAAAAAAAAAUUAUAAAUAUAAGGUAUUAAUGAGACAAUGAGAUAUUCUCUUACUUUACUUUUAAAAAAAAAUAUAUAAAUAUAAGGUAUUAAUGAGACAAUGAUAUAUUCUCUUACUUUACUUUAAAAAAAAAAAUAUAAAUAUAAGGUAUUAAUGAGACAAUGAGAUAUUCUCUUACUUUACUUUUAAAAAAAUAUAUAAAUAUAAGGUAUUAAUGAGACAAUGAGAUAUUCUCUUACUUUACUUUUAAAAAAAAAAAUAAAUAUAAGGUAUUAAUGAGACAAUGAGAUAUUCUCUUACUUUACUUUUAUAAAAAAAAUAUAAAUAUAAGGUAUUAAUGAGACAAUGAGAUAUUCUCUUACUUUACUUUAAAAAAAAAAUAUAAAUAUAAGGUAUUAAUGAGACAAUGAGAUAUUCUCUUACUUUACUUUUUAUAAAAAAAAUAUAAAUAUAAGGUAUUAAUGAGACAAUGAGAUAUUCUCUUACUUUACUUUAAAAAAAAAAUAUAAAUAUAAGGUAUUAAUGAGACAAUGAGAUAUUCUCUUACUUUACUUUUAUAAAAAAAAUAUAAAUAUAAGGUAUUAAUGAGACAAUGAGAUAUUCUCUUACUUUACUUUAAAAAAAAAAAUAUAAAUAUAAGGUAUUAAUGAGACAAUGAGAUAUUCUCUUACUUUACUUUUAAAAAAAAAAAAUAAAUAUAAGGUAUUAAUGAGACAAUGAGAUAUUCUCUUACUUUACUUUUAUAAAAAAAAUAUAAAAAUAAGGUAUUAAUGAGACAAUGAGAUAUUCUCUUACUUUACUUUUAAAAAAAAAUAUAAAUAUAAGGUAUUAAUGAGACAAUGAGAUAUUCUCUUACUUUACUUUUUAAAAAAAAAAUAUAAAUAUAAGGUAUUAAUGAGACAAUGAGAUAUUCUCUUACUUUACUUUUUUUUUAAAAAAUAUAAAUAUUAAGAGGAUAUUUUUCCGUUUGAGUGAAAUAUGGAAUAUAUUUCCACGAAGCAUGAUAAAAUGCCACAUAUUUUCACGAGCCGGGACGGCGAGUGAAAAUAUGUGGCAUUUUAUCAUGUUGAGUGAAAAUAUAUACCAUAUUUCACAAAAACGAAAAAAUAACCUUUUUAUUUUAUUUAAUUUCAUUAUCAAAGAAAAAUGGUUACGAACCCCAUUGCUUGCUACGCAACUGCAAUGUACAGCGCGCAGUGAUAUAAUUAUUGUCUUGUUUUGCACGCGAUAUUUAGCGCUACAUUGUGACGUCACGUAAACUACUCUAAAAACGUCUGUACAGCGUUAAUGACUGAAUUAAAGAUAUUGGUGUUCCGAUUAAUUUUCUUAGUUAGACCAUUUUCUAUCAUUCUAGAUGGUUUUCAAAACGAAAUUCAACAAAAAGUUGUUUGUAUUUAUCAGAUUUUUCAAACAAAAUGGCGAAAGAAGUCCCUUAAAAUAAAUAUGAGUUUUGACUCCGCCCACUUUCAUAUUUAUAUUUCAUAUUAAUUUUUAAAAAAUAUGAAAUAUUUUUGACUGAUAUAGCACCAUAUUUCAUAGGUAAAAUUAAAUAAAAGGCAUUAAUGAGACAAUGAGAUAUUCUCUUACUUUACUUUUAAAAAAAUAUAUAAAUAUAAGGUAUUAAUGAGACAAUGAGAUAUUCUCUUACUUUACUUUUAUAAAAAAAAUAAUAUAAAUAUAAGGUAUUAAUGAGACAAUGAGAUAUUCUCUUACUUUACUUUUAAAAAAAUAUAUAAAUAUAAGGUAUUAAUGAGACAAUGAGAUAUUCUCUUACUUUACAAUUUUUGCACAAACAGGGUUUACUUGGUUUGUAAAACAAUCACUGUUCACAACAGACUCUGUUCCUUUGGCAGCUCAAUUUCAGAAUCUUGAUAUUAAAGUCCCUUGAUUUAUUUGGAGUACUCUUAAUUUAAACCAGGGUAAGUUCACUAUACAAAUGUAGCAAGUUAAGGGUUACAGACGCU